CGUUUACUGAGGGACCCAUGGGAACCGAAGAGAAAGAUUGGGUGGACGUGGCCAAUGAACUUCUCUGCAAGUGUCAUAUCAACCUGAGGCUCCAUAGGCUGAGCGACUGUGAUUCUAAUGUGUUUGUGGCUUUGUACGAGGCAAUCUUGGGGGAGAAAGUACCAGAUUACAUAGUAGCCCCAAGGAGUCAAGAGGACGAUAUCCACAACGUGCAGUCCGUGAUUGACUCGCUGGCUUUGGACUACCUUCAGAUUAGCUUGUCUCACAUAACGGGUGAGAACAUUGUCAGAGGGGACAAAGACUCCAUCAAAAACCUUUUAGAAAUCUUUGAUGGUCUGCUGGAGUACCUCACAGAACAAAUCAGUGAAGAAGAAGAGUUGCAAAAUGGAGGUACAGAUUGCAUCAUUGACAAACGGGACAGGGUGUCCCGGGCGUCCAGUGUCCAGUCUGUCGUCCAUUCCAGCAAACACUCGCUGCACUCGUGGAAUGGAGAUGAGUCUGAGUCUACCACAGAACUCAUCCGUCUAGGCGACUCUGCCCAUACGUUCAGCGCGAAAAAUGAAGUACAUUCCAGUAUCCUUCCCACAGCGGACAACCUUUCUAUAUCUUUGGAACCAGACAGCAGUCAAGAUGCGGCGGGUCCCAGAGCCACGUUACUACGGCAACCUCUUCGCUCUGCUAUACCUCUUCAGCCCCCUUAUCAGACCACCCCACAGCGGCCGGAGAGACCCCGUCCGGCAGCCGGCCCCGCCUCUGACACACGUACCAGCCCUAAAGACGGGGAGACUCCCCAGGAGCCUCCGGCUGCUCGCCUUGAAUCCCCCGGGCCAGUGUCUGAUGGCUGUCAACCCAACGGACGUCAGUCUCCAUCUACUCCCCGCUCAGCUGCUGAGAGUGAGAGAUCUGUCUCUUGUCAGAGAAAAGACAAGUCAGGAGAGAGCAAUGAUCAAACAGAGGCAACCGGCGUGGGGCCCAGGCGGGUGUUGUUCCGCACACAGCCAGAUGUGCUGCUACUCUCGUUAAGAAACGAGCUCGAAGGUACAGAGCUGCUGAAUGGACAUGUAGAGGAAGAUGAUGAUGAGGAGGAUGAAGAUGAGGGCCUAAGCUCAUGCUCGUCCUCGGAGCGACAGCGGAACUACAGGAUACACGGACGUCAGAGAGUCAGUGGCAGCAGGUUGGAGGAGGGAGAGGAGUCCUUGACUAGACGCAGUCGGAGGAACAGGAAGGCGGAGCAGGAGUUACACGACAUGUCUGAAAAACUGUCCCGUCGACUCGAGGAGCUGGACCAAAUGCUGAAACGGGCCCUGGGGGAGACAGGAGAGACGACGGAGUCGAAAGAGGAGGAUAAACGCUCCCAUCACAGCGACAGCGUCAUGGAGUGUCGACGACCCGGCAGGUCCACAGAUGAGACCGGCGUGCUCAGACCUCCUCGCACACGCUCCCUGUCUCCGUCUCCUCCCCCUCCCAUCUCCCGCUCCCUCCCGGCCCAGCUGGAGGACACCCUGAUCGCGGAUUCGCGGCGUGACCCGGCGCGCACACAGAGAAAGGAGAUCCGUGAUCUUCAAGGCCAGCGCAGACGUGCUCAGAUGGUGGCCAGUGCCUAUGAGGACGAGCUGAAGAGACUAGAGGAAGAGGAACGAGCUCAAAUGGCCAGUGAGAGAGUGAGAGUGCAGGAUAUGGAGCGUGAGUACAGGGAGGCCGUGUUGAAGGAUCCUCCACGCGUCUCAAAACCAGCUCAGAUCUACAGCUCCAAAAUCACUGCACCGCACCGAUCUCCACGCAGCAGACGACCUCGCAAAACAACCCCGUUGAAGGUAAAGGAGAACGACUUACUGCCUGUUGUCCUGGAGGAGCUUCCCCACCUGCAUCUGUCUCCUCACACACUGAACCGUAUGUGGAAACAGCAGAUGAAACAGGUGGACAGACUCAACGCCCCAGAGAACCAACGCAGACGAAACAAACUCACCAAUCAGGUGGAGGAGGCUCAGAAGAGACAUGACCUUCUAGUAGAGAUCAUCCGCAAAGAGCAGGAACAUAACCGCCGCCUGAAGGACUACAGGGAGCGGGUGCAGCAGCAGAAGUCGGCCCAGAACAAGCUUCGUGAGCAGAGGCAGCAGAUCGCUCGUGCCAAGAAGUACUACAGCGACUACCACGUGCAGCACCGCGCCCGCCUCAUGAGAGCGCGCACGCGCGAGGAGAGAAUGUUUAAGCAGGUGUUUGAGGAGGGUCUGGAGCUCCAGAAAGCCCGUCUGAGAGAACAGCGCGCCUAUGCCAAGGAACAACGAGAGGAGCAUCAGCGUCGCCAUAGAGACGAAAUCCAAGCCAUGGAGAACUACUAUAAGGACCAGUUUUCUUUGCUAGCUGAAACCCUUGCACAAGAAAGAGAAGAAAUCCAGCUACGGAAGAAAGCUCAAGAGAAAGCUCUGCAGAAAAUGAAGAGAGAACUACGUAAUAAAAUGGAGAGAGAAAUCAUGGAACUGCAGAAGAUCAUCAUUCAGAAUGACGAGGACGAUUACUUCCGCGACCUGGAGGUGGAACGUCUCCGUAAACGUGUGCAGAUGGCUUCUUUCCAGUACAACACUAGCUGUCUGCAAUGACACUAGAGCACGGGUAGAAUCAGACCUAAACGCGGGUCUUAAGAUCGGGUUUUUCCCCCGUACCGCACGGUUUGGACCGGACGUAACCCGAGAUGGGACCUGGGGCUUGUUUCUCCCUGGUUUCUGAGACCUUUAAGUUUCCAUGAUCUUCCACACAUUUCCGCUGCUAACUCCACUAAUGCCAACUGAUUCUUCCUUGAACUCUUGAUUGUAAAUUUUAAACGGUUUUAAUCAGUCAUCGUGU